CUUACUAUUUGAUGGGCACUUUAUAGUUAUAUUGGCUGUCGAAUAAUAAUAAUAAUAAUAACUGGCGUGCAACGAUACACGAAUUUCUUUGUUAGACUCAUAGUCACUGGGCGAUACAUUACAAUGUUGUGUGCCGUUGCAUGAGCCUUUUCUGUGUUUAACACUUUUAUUCAUGCAUACAUGCAGCAUUAUAUACUUUUUGGUUGCACCUUCUUAGAUAUCUGUAUGAUAAUUAUUUACUUAAAAUAUCUUUGGCAUUAAACCGGAAAUGUGGGAUUUGCACAUGGAAGUAAACAGGAAGUGAUUUUCAUUUUAGCUUUAGCAACUAAGGUUAGUUAAUAAAAGGACCGUUGAGUAUCGACGCUGUUUCGUUUGACAUAUCAUUUUUGUUUUCAUUUAUUUUUGUCACAUUUGGUAUUAUCAUCAUCUUUCAGUCAAAAUGUUGACAUGACAACAGCUAACAGAGGCUCAUAGGAGGUCGACGUCAGAAAAAAACAUAGCAUACAAUCUAACUAGCUUCCUUGACAGUUAUUUUGCUAGCUAGCCCGCUACAGACAGUGCCCAGUGCACUGCAACGAAAACCAGGACAACAACUGACCACCCUGGGUCUGGAUACUACUAAUGCACAAUGGGGAAUCAGCUUGCUGGGAUUGCACCCUCUCAGAUUUUGUCUGUUGACAGCUAUUUCUCAGACAUCCAUGACUUUGAAUAUGACAAGAGCCUGGGCAGCACUAGGUUCUUUAAGGUAGCUAGAGCGAAACACAGAGAGGGCCUGGUGGUGGUCAAGGUCUUUGCCAUACAGGACCCUUCCUUGCCACUUACCAGCUACAAACAAGAGUUAGAGGAGCUUAAAAUCAGACUGGCCUCAUGUCAGAACUGCCUACCCUUCCAGAAGGCUACCCUGACAGAGAAGGCAGCCAUCCUCUUCCGCCAGUACGUCCGUGAUAAUCUCUACGACCGCAUCAGCACACGGCCAUUUAUGAACAACAUUGAGAAGCGGUGGCUUGCUUUCCAGAUCCUCAAUGCCGUAGACCAGGCCCACAAGUCUGGCGUGCGCCAUGGAGACAUAAAAACUGAGAACGUCAUGGUGACCAGCUGGAACUGGGUGCUGCUCACUGACUUUGCCAGCUUUAAACCCACAUACCUGCCGGAGGACAACCCAGCUGACUUCAAUUACUUUUUUGAUACGUCCAGGAGAAGGACCUGUUACAUUGCACCAGAGAGAUUUGUUGAUGGAAGUAUGUUUGCCACAGAGAGUGAUCAAACCACUCCACUAGUGGACCUCACUAGUAACAGUCAGAGGACAAGAGGAGAGCUCAAGCAGCCCAUGGAUAUAUUCUCAGCAGGCUGUGUGAUAGCAGAGCUGUUCACAGAGGGUGUUCCACUGUUUGACCUCUCUCAGUUGUUAGCCUAUCGCAAAGGACUUUUCCAGACAGAACCAGUUCUUAAGAAAAUUGAGGAUCAAUAUAUAAGAGAACUGGUGGCACAGAUGGUCCAGCCUGAGCCAGAGAAACGUCUUGCGGCUGAAGAGUACUUGAAGCAGCAAAGAGGCAAGGCCUUCCCAGACAUCUUUUACACCUUCCUGCAGCCUUACAUGGCCCAGUUCGCCAAGGAGACCUUCCAGUCAGCGGACCAACGCGUGCUGGUGAUCCGGAAGGACCUGGAGAACAUCCUGCACAACAUCUGCGGGAGCAGUGGCACGUCUGAGAAGGUCGAUAGGCAGGAAAAGGUGUCCCAGGAGCUGUGCAGCAACAAAGAACCUGGCCUGGUGAUCCUGGUGUCGGUCAUCACGUCCUGCCUGCAGACGUUACGCUCCUGCGACUCCAAGCUGGCUGCGCUGGAGCUGAUCCUGCAUCUGGCCGUCCGCCUGACCUCGGAGAUCCUGCUGGACCGCAUCACACCCUACCUGCUGCACUUCUGCAAUGACCCGGUGCCCCGAGUGAGGGCUGAGGCCGUCCGCACGCUGGCCAAGGUGCUCGCACUGGUGAAGGAGGUGCCCCGCAACGACGUCAACAUCUACCCAGAGUACAUCCUCCCUGGCAUCGCUCAUCUGGCCCAGGAUGAAGCCACCAUUGUCAGGCUUGCUUAUGCAGAGAACAUUGCACAUUUGGCUGAGACAGCAUUGCGCUUCCUGGAGCUGGUGCAGGAGAAUAACUUAAACGCAGAGCAUGAUGUGAAUGGGGAGGAAGCAGAGGAGACGCUGCACCCCAAUGAAAACUAUGACUCUGAGCUCCAGGCCCUGCACGAGAUGGUGCAGCAGAAGGUGGUCACCCUGCUGAGUGACCCAGAGAACAUAGUGAAACAGACGCUGAUGGAGAAUGGCAUCACGCGCCUCUGCGUGUUCUUUGGCCGACAGAAGGCCAACGAUGUGCUGCUCUCGCACAUGAUCACCUUCCUCAACGACAAGAAUGACUGGCACCUCCGAGGAGCCUUCUUCGACAGUAUCGUCGGUGUGGCGGCCUAUGUGGGUUGGCAGAGCUCCUCCAUCCUGAAGCCUCUCCUGCAGCAGGGCCUGAGUGAUGCUGAGGAGUUUGUCAUCUAUAAAGCCCUCAACGCCCUCACCUGCAUGUGCCAGCUGGGCCUGCUGCAGAAGCCGCACAUCUAUGAGUUCGUCAGCGACAUCGCUCCUUUCCUGUGCCAUCCCAAUCUAUGGAUCCGUUAUGGGGCUGUGGGCUUCAUCACAGUGGUGGCCCAACACCUGAACAUUGCUGAUGUUUACUGCAAGCUAAUGCCCCAUCUCACUCCUUUCAUUACCCAACCCAUCAUACAGAUUGACAAGGAGAUCGUCCUCCUGAGUGUGCUGAAGGAGCCAGUGAGUCGUUCCAUCUUUGACUAUGCACUGCGCGCCAAAGACAUCGGCAGCCUCUUCCGCCACCUGCUGCUGCGGCAGAAGAAGCGCAACGGCUUUAUCCCUGAAUGCCCCAUUCCUGAAGAUCCUGCCAUCGCCCAGCUACUGAAAAAGCUUUUGUCACAGGGAAUGACCGAGGCAGAGGAGGAUAAGCUCCUCGCUCUUAAAGACUUCAUGAUGAAGUCGAACAAAGCCAAGGCCAACAUCGGGGACCAGAGCCACCUAAGUGACAAUACCCAGAGUGGCAUCAUUGAUCUGGGCACCCUGGGUAUCACCGGUCGCCAGGUGGACCUGGUGAAAGCCAGACUGGAAUCCGAGGACAAGAGAGCAGACCUCAUCAGUCCAUCCUCUGCCCGGAAACACACGAAACAGGACUCCAACGUCAAUGAGGAGUGGAAGAGCAUGUUUGGCUCCUUGGAACCCCCCACCUCUUCCCCGGCCCCACCGACGUUGUCGGAGGGCAGCCAGCCCAGGAAGUCCACAGCGCCAGCGGUCCAAGUGGCGCAGUCUGUAGGCGGGUCGUCCGCGUACCAGCGCCGGCUGACCACGUGUAAGGCGGAGCUGCAGCAGCUGGUGCUGCAGAAGCGGGAGCAGUGCUCCGCCGAGCGCAUGGCCAAGCAGAUGAUGGAGAGCGCCGAGUGGGAGAGCAGGCCUCCACCCCCAGGGUGGCACCCCAAAGGCUUGCUGGUGGCUCACUUGCAUGAGCACAAAUCUGCAGUGAACCGCAUCCGCGUCUCCGACGAGCACUCCAUCUUUGCCACCUGUUCCAAUGAUGGGACUGUCAAGAUCUGGGACAGCCAGAAGAUGGAGGGCAAGACUACCACGACCAGGUCCGUGCUGACAUACUCCCGCAUCGGGGGACAUGUGAAAACGCUGACUUUCUGUCAAGGCUCACAUUAUCUGGCUGUCGCAUCAGACAAUGGAUCCAUUCAGCUACUGGCCAUCGAGGCCAACAAACCCCCCAAAUCGCCAAAGGUGCAACCUGCUCAGACCAGGUUCCUAGACCAAAAGGAUGAUGGAUGCGUAGUGGACGUCCACCAUUUUAACUCGGGGGCUCAAUCGGUGCUGGCCUACGCCACCGUUAACGGCUCCCUGGUGGGCUGGGACCUGCGCAGCAACAGCAAUGCCUGGACGCUCCGCCACGACCUCCGCCUGGGCCUCAUCACCUCCUUCGCCGUGGACAUGCAUCAGUGCUGGCUGUGUGUGGGCACAAGUAACGGCACCAUGGCAUGCUGGGAUAUGAGGUUCCAGUUGCCAAUAUCUAACCACUCCCACCCAGCAAGAGCACGAAUCAGACGGCUCCUCAUGCACCCUCUCUACCAGUCAUCUGUGAUAGCAGCUGUCCAAGGGAACAAUGAGGUGUCCAUGUGGGACAUGGAGACAGGAGACAGGAAGUUCACCCUCUGGGCCAGUUCUGCGCCCCCUCUCUCUGAGAUGCAGCCAUCUCCUCACAGUGUCCAUGGGAUAUACUGCAGUCCUGCAGAUGGAAACCCGCUCCUCCUGACAGCUGGCUCAGACAUGAGAAUCAGGUUCUGGGACUUGGCCUACCCAGAGAGAUCAUACAUUGUUGCAGGAGGGGCCCAUGACUCGCUUCAUUGCCCAUCAGUGUUCUACAACCGCAAGAUCAUUGAAGGCACAGAAGUGGUUCAGGAAAUCCACAGCAAGCAGAAAAGCGGGGCAACAGAGGACGCCCCUCGCCGAGGCCCUGAAUCACUUCCUGUGGGACAUCAUGACAUCAUCACUGACAUCGCCACGUUCCAGACCACUCAGGGCUUCAUUGUCACCUCCUCCAGAGAUGGAAUAGUCAAAGUCUGGAAAUAAGAUGCAUCCCCCUGUGCUAGCGUAGCCACUACUGCGCCACCUGAAUUAGUGCUGUAGAGGCUACUGUACCUGUACAUUAUUUGUGUGAAGUGGAUUAAUAUAAUGUAAGCUUAUAGGAUCCAUUUAAAAUGUUUCUUUUUGCAAAGUGAGUAAUUUUACAACAAUCAUGAAUUGUUAUUAGUGUUACAAAAAGAAUGUCACUGAAUAUGCAAGUAGCAAAGGUGGCGUUAAUUUAGAUUCAUGCUAACCCUUGAAACCGCACCAUCUGAAACCGUAAACUCAGUAUACUGUAAAUAUGUUCAAUGAUCUUGAAAUUAUCAAAGCACCUACUUACGUCAUCAUGACAAUGGCAAAUAAACACCCUGUGAUGGUA